AUGUUGGACGCGCCAAACAACAACCACCACGGACCCAUCAUGGACGACAGCGACACCAUGUCCAGCCCACCACGAGGCCGAUCGCUCGGCUUAGGGGUAGAGGAGGAAGACCGCCAUGAGAUCUUCAUGCCGGCGGUCCAGAACCUCGUCAACGCGCUCGGUGGCUACGAGCGAGUGGCCACUCCAGACGGUGGAUGGGAAUUGAUAUACCGCCCCGGCGACUCGGUGCUGGCCGUCAUAAAGGAUCUCAAGAAACUGUGGCGUAAGGACGACGCAGACGACGACCGUACCGUCGCGCGGUGCAUGUACCAGGCGAACCUGAUGAAAGAGCUCAUCGGGCUCGUUGGCGAGGUGUACAACCGCGGAGAGUGGGGGAGGAAGGUCGCGCUCAUGGCAUGCGACCUCAUUGCGGCACUCACUUGGCCGAUCGACGUGGCCGCCGAGCUCAAGGAGCUGCAGGACGAGGGACCUGUUGUGACGGACUACGCGAGUCUCCUGCGAGCCCAGGUCGAGUACAAGUCGCAGAUCCUGCAGAGCGACACGCUGCGCUGUGUGCUCAGCCUCAUGCUCCCCUGCUUUGGGAGAGAGCGGCGCGACGAACGAGACGACCGUAUCAUCUCGCUGUGCCUCCACAUCGUCCGGAACUUGCUAACUAUCCGGGACGUUCGCGCUCCGGACACCGCAACUGGCGAGGCGGAGGAGUUGUCACAUCUCCAGUCUGACCUCAUUGUCCAGCUGGACAAGUUGGAAUACCUCGACCUGUUUCUGACUAUGGCUGCGGACUCGGACCGCUCAGUCGGCUUCAAUUCGUACAACAUGCUGCUCCUCGACAUCCUCCACCUCAUGUACCGAUGUAUCCGGCCAGAGGAGCUGAGCAAGGACCAGGCCACCGCGUCGGCGCAGGACCUUGCCAAGCUCCUUGCUGAUGAGGAGCGACAAAAGAGGUUGUCCAGCAUGGCCAAGUCGACGCGGCACUCACGCUUUGGAACGACGCUCCAAGUGCGAUUGCCGGAACAGAGAAUCAUCCUUCACAACCAGGCGGCCAUGACCGCUGACCCGGCGCUGAUGCUGGAUCUCGUGAAGAAAGGCAAGGCACCCAUCAAGAAGCGCAUCCAGGAUGAACUGAUCCUCAACACCCCCCUAACAACGGACGCCAUUCACGUGCUGCAAGGCUUCACCAAGCAGCUUCUCGAGUACUUCAACACCUUCUUCCGCUCCAUCCUCAAGGACAUCCGCAUGGAGCGCAAAAAGGUGCGACCAACAGACAACAUCCGCACACUGUUCGUCUCGUCGACUUUGGUUGAGUACCUCCUAAUCCUUCGCCGUAAGAAGCAAACACAAUUGGAGGAGUCUGCCCGGCGGCGGGAACGGGACUCCGUAGCAAAGAGGAGUUCGGAGCAGAAGGCUCAGGAGCGGAAGGAGGUCAAGGAAAAGGUGGAUGAGGAAUUGCCACUCGGAUGGGCAAUUGAGCUGGUUGAUCUCGACUCGCUCCGGUGGGUCUCGGCGCGCAUGAGGACAGCCUUCGACGAAGUUGCGUGGACUGAACUAGAGGCCUCAAUUGACUGCUUCACCCAGGUUCUGCUCGUUCUGGAGGCCAUGUCCUCGUCAACAAACCAGGAGGAUGUUGACGCGGGCAACCUUCUGCAGAACCAAUUGUACUACAACGCCGAGAUUCUCGAGGCAUCGAUCCAGGUCGUGUCCAAUUUCAAACAGCAGUCGUACAGCUACCUCGACUCCGUGAUCACGUUCGCAUACACGCUCUUCAAAAUGCUCGAGAAGUACUCCAAGUCGCAAGCGUACAUGUUCGUGCGCAAGCGCAAGCCGACCAGCAAGAAGCUCCCUCCGCCGAGUUCCAACAGGGGAGAGGAGGCCCCGAUCCCUGAAGAAUACCGCAACGAGGAGGAGGAAGACUAUGAGGAGGAGCGCGAAAGGCCCCAGUUUGCAGAGCACAAGUUUACAUUCGAAGCCUUUGAGAGGCAACUCGCUAAUGAGCCUGUGACGCACACACUGUUAUCCUAUCUUGGAAGGUACAGGACAUUCGAGGAUGCGACGCCGUUCAAGCGUGUCGUGAGUCUCAUGCACCGCCAGGUGGUCAAGGCACAGGCCGAGGGGCUGUACUUCAGCGUGUCGACGCUCAACCUCUUCCGUCACAUCCUUGAUGACAAGCCCCGGCUGCCUGCUGGCGACGGCACGCGCGACCUGUACCGCCUCAUCGAGUUUCUGCUGCGCAAGUUCUUUAAGCGGCUUGAAGCAGACCCUUUUGUCAUGGUCGAGAUUUUCCUCCCCAAGUCACUUGGGCGGUGGAAGAGCCUGUCGUCGUAUGUUGUGGAGGACAAGGUCCACGAUUCCGAGCGUGCCCGUGUGCGCGAGCAGAUGGGGCCGCCAGAGCUCGAGUUCAUCAAGAAGAACAACCUGUCGUGGAGCGAACAGAUGGCUGUGGCGAUCAGGAUGUUGCUUGAUGCGGACCACGAGGAUUGGGUGCGGUGGAUCAUCUCGACACUCGAGAUCGCGCUGGCGUCUCGUCUCCAAAUCGUCUUCAACGUCGACGGCGACCAGGCCCGCGCGUCGUACGACAGCGACGACGACGAUGUUGUGCACCACCUUGCUGGACCGAGUAUAGAAGCUCAGGAGAAGUUUGAACGACAUGACCUCGAUGCCAACACGGAUGAGCGGCGGAAGGCGGUUACGCAGGACCAGCACAUGCGGCUCAUGCUCAAGCUCGUGUCAUUCGAGCAGACGGAAGAGACUCACAAUGAAGACCGAACGUGGUUCAUCCCCCAGACUGUCAUGCCCGAUUCCCUCCAGGCGUCUAUGGGCGCCCUGAACCAAUACCUCCUCAACCCGCCAAUGCUGGACAAGGACCCAAAGACGCUGGUGCGCCCCGUACGCCAGCGCCGCGCAAAGUCGCCAGAAUACGACUCGGAAGGGGAGAUGGUCAUGCCACCUCCGCGCAAGCGGCAGCACAAGGACGAGCUGCAGGUAUACAAGUCUGCGGCGUACAUCAUGGACUCGGACGAUGAGGUAGACGACGAGGCAUUCUUCACACGCGAAGCCGAGCUCCGUGCGGAGAUGAGCUCUCUCGCCCAGGCGGCCGGGCAUGUUAUGCGGAAGACGGGCACGAAGCGGAAGCGCAAGAACAAGGGAGUCGAACCCUUGUCUCUGGCGGAAAUGGACGUGAACAUGUUGAACGACGACGCUGACGACGAACCGCGCGGGCGCAGCCGUAGCGUCGUACUAAGUGACAGCGACGGCGAGUCACCAGUGAAGCGAGUACGCGCAAGCGUCUCCCCGAUGUCGACGACGAGUGACGCGCCCGUCACACAGACGCGGCGGCGGCUGGCGGUAGUAGACUCUGAAGAUGACGAGUAG